GCAGAUUUGUUCCCUUUCCAUUAAUUGCCGCUUAUAAUAAUAUAAAUUUGCUGUUGAGUUGCCAGGUUACCAGAGGAAGCAAAGAAGGAUAAAGCUGUUAAACAUGCUCUUGCAGUUCGUGCAGCUGUAACCUCAGGAAACUAUGUUAUGUUCUUCAGAUUAUACAAGACAGCUCCUAACUUGAACAUAUGCCUCAUGGAUCUCUGUGUUGAAAAGAUGCGCUAUAAGGCUGUAAGCUGCAUAUCCCGGUCAUAUCGCCCUACUGUGCCUGUUUCAUACAUUGCACAGGUUUUGGGCUUCUCCAGCACAAGUGAAGGAAAUGACCAGGUCUCAGUUGGAUUAGAGGAAUGUGUAGAGUGGUUGAGAGCACAUGGUGCAUGCCUCACUUCAGACGGUAAUGGAGAGAUGCAGCUGGAUACAAAGGCUUCAUCUUCUAGUCUUUAUAUUCCAGAACCCGAGGAUGCUGUGUCCCAUGGAGAUGCUAGUCUGGCUGUUAAUGAUUUUCUUGCACGGACAUCCUUGUAGUCAAAAUGUAAUGAUUGUAUACAUUUAAUAAGAAAAAUUUGAAAAUUGCGCAGCCCUCAACAAUAUGUACAACCAGAAGAUUAGGUUUCUUCCCUGACCUGGAAGUGAGAGUUCAACUCAAGCCUUUAGCGAGCGUAGAUCAUAGAUGUAUAAAAGCACAUAUAACGAAAAUAGAGCAGAGGCUUCCCUAAGAAAUUUGUUGCCUAGAAUUGCGGAGGGAUUGAACUACGACAAUAACCAUAUGAUUUAUAUUCUUCCUUUUUGUCUUGAACGAUGAUAAUUCAUUCUUUGCUGGGGAAGAAGAUGGAACUUGUUAGGGGGGAGAAGGGAAGAGAACAAGAACAAAUAGCUUUGUUGUAUUUUUAUUAAUUACAGUUCAAUGAUUUUUUUUAGCAUUAGUUCGCAAUCAUUUGCUCUUUUUUGUACCCAAUUGAACGAAAUCGUUUGCUUCACUGUAGACAAAAAUUUGUUUAUUUCAUGUAUGAUUGAUGCUUAGCUUUCUCGCUACAGUUGACAAAUGAGAGGAUUGUGUUUGAUAGGGUUGGGUUGAGCUCUACAGGAACACUGCAACAUUUUCAAUCAUGUAUCUUUUUGAUUCACAAGCUUA